AUGCAAAACUCUGGAGGUGUAGUCACUUUAAUUGCACAAUAUAGGCCUGAAGAGUACAAUCGAUUUGAAGCCCGUAUUCAAGAAUUAAAACAGCAGGCCGCCAUAAAUGCGGGCAACUCUGGUACUCUACUUCGAACUUCACAAAAGCGAUCAUUAUAUGUACGUGCCCUGUUCGAUUAUGAUCCAAAUCGAGAUGAUGGACUACCUUCAAGAGGUUUACCAUUUAGGCAUGGUGAUAUUUUACAUGUCACUAAUGCAUCAGAUGAUGAAUGGUGGCAGGCGCGUCGCGUUUUAGGUGAAAAUGAAGAAGAACAAAUUGGAAUAGUGCCAUCUAAAAGGAGAUGGGAGCGUAAGAUGAGAGCUCGUGAUCGAAGCGUCAAAUUUCAGGGUCAUUCUGUCACUAAUAAUAAUAUAGAUAAGCAGUCAACACUGGACAGAAAGAAAAAAAAUUUUACCUUUUCACGUAAAUUUCCAUUUAUGAAAAGUCGUGAUGAAAAAAAUGAAGAUGGUAGUGAUCAAGAGCCGAACGGAAUCGUUAGCAGUAAUAGCGAACUUGAUGUUAACAAUGUUAAUAACAAUUACUCAAAUGAACAACAGCCUUUUAUGCUUUGCUACACACAAGACGAUGCCAAUGCUGAAGGAGGCGAGAUUAUCUACAGAGUGGAGUUACCCGAUAUGGAGCAGAUAACCCUAAUCUACCUGGAGAACAAUGAUGCUGACUAUCGUAAGUCGAGCAACUAACAUAAUCUAUAAACUCAAAGUUAUAAAAUAAUAGGAAACAAACCAAUUAAAUUUAAACAAAAAUUAUUACAAUAUAAAUUUAAAAUAA